AUGUGCGCCCUUGGACGCAGUUCGAGUUGUUUGGGCAACGCUGAGCACUCGUUGGCCGUCUCGUUAACCCGAGUCGAUGCGAGUUAUGCUUUUUUAUCGCUGGUCCCACUGAGAUCGCCGUCGUGGUCGUCGCCAUUCGUCGCCACGAUCUUCACGGAGUCCGUUCGGCUUGGCCACCGUCGCAGCACGAUGCGACAACCGCACCACCGCGACCGACUAAGUUAUGAGGAAUUCUCCCAACGUCUCGCUCACCGCAUUGCCCACGAAUUCCGCGGUGGACGACGGAGGAGUAUGCAGUUUUCCAUCAUCCCGGACCAUCGGCUGUCGGUACAGGACGCGGCCGCCGUACUUGCGCACACGCAAUCGCGCGCGACAAGCGGAUCGCGCACGGACGGCUCCACGGACGACGAGUGUGUCGUCGUCGUAACGCAUAGCGGUGAACGUGCACCCCCGUCAUCAGGACGACGGCGGUCUUCUGGUCGUCAAUCGGACGGUGUUUGUGAAUCACGUCGAUUGUCACGGAACGACGCUUGUCGUCCAUCAGGACAGAAACCACGUCGUUCAUCAAAGAACAUGGUCCAGGAAGCCGGAAAUCAUGCAUCACAUCACGAUCAACGUUCGACGAUCAGUCGAAGCCAUUCCGCAGGCGGUUCCGAGCGUCAAGGAGCCAGCAAAGUUAACAGAAAUAUUAAUAGAUUCUCAAACUUUGUCAAGUCCGGCAUGGAGGCGUACGUGCUCGGCGAAUCACGAAUGAACGGACAACCUGGCGAGAAGCACGAAGUUGUUAUCAGUGGUCCUUUGGUGCAAUGGCGCCCCAUACAGCAGUACUAUACGUGUACAGUGGAUAAACCAAAAAAGGAGACAAAACUAAAGGGACUGAAGAGUUUUAUCGCCUAUUCACUUACCUCAACACUUAGUCGGAUACAGGUCGAUAUGAAGACGAUCUCAUUGAUCAUCGAAAACACAUCUUGCAGUUGUGGGUGA